AUGGAUUCAGAUGCCGACCCACCGAAGUUAGAGGCAGUCAAAAUGCUCCAAAUUGAUAAUAACCAAGAGUUUCCUGCACUUUCACCUUCCUUUAAACCUUCCACACAGAAGCCUCUUGCAGCACCUAGCUGGGGCUCAUUGUUUGCAUCGCAAAUAUCGAAAACACCUCGUCGCAUUCAUCAUCCGCUCCUAUCACCUCUUCCGGUUACACCUACAAAAGAGGCGUCUUCACAUAAAACUACCCCGAUGAGAGAAAAAGAGAAUAUCCUUCCAUCUCCUACUGCGGCAGAAUGUAUGAGUAUUUUGUCUAAGGAAACCGCUGAAACUGCUGUUGAGGAAGAGGAGGCGCAGAGUGAAAGCAUGCCGUGGGAUUAUUCGACGGUAAAUACAGACAGCGAUAAUUCUGUCUCAAAAGAUGAAAAUGUUGAUAGCGAGGCCAUCAUCGUAUUUCCGAGUUUCACCGCCGUAAACACACCAGACCCUCCACAACAAGAAGUUCUUCCUCUAUUCAAAUUCCCUGCCACAGUAAUAGAGCCAGAAGUUAACCUCUACAACGAUUCGCCGAAGCUCACCAAGGCAAAGAAAGUGGAAAUUGAAGAACUAUGCGAGGCAGAACGCCAUGAUACUCCUUCUUAUAUCAGAGGAGGUUUACCAUUGCGACAAGUUGUCGCGAAUGACCCGCAUAGAGUGAUACACGCUAUCAAGCAUAUGAUGCACGGUAUUGUGUAUAUGAGAAGGGCAUUAGGUGCUAAGCAGGAGGAAAUCGAUUUCCUCAUAGAUAAUCAUCAAAAUGCCUUGAAUGAGAUCGAUAUCCUUUCCGAGAAUGCUAGACUUGCGAGAUUAGCAAUUGAGAAAAAACAGGCUGCAAUCAAAGAAGCACGGUUGGCUAUGGAGAAGAAACGUGCCGUUGCUACCAAAGCAAUGGAAUGUUCAAAGACAGCUACCAAGUUCAAUCCCGACGCUAAACCCUUCGCUCCUUCGAACUUUAUAUCAUCGGAAUUCAUGAUCCCCGCGACUCCAUUUCCAUUGGCACCUGCUAUACAGAUUCCAUCCCCACUGAAGUAUUCCACUCUUCAUGGACCAGGCUUCACGGUAGAACAACGUCGUACUCCACCAUCACCAUACAAGUUUCAUCCAAUUCGAAACAGAUCAAGAACAUGGUCUAUGCAACGCCCUUCAAAACCUCCUAAUUUCAAUACAUACAACCAAACCCCCGUGUCACCAAUAUUCAACCGCCAGGUACCAUCUCCGGCCCCUGUGAUCCUCUCACAGUUACCACAAGUUCUCCAUACAAACGACGAAGCUGGUUCCCUUCAUGAGGCUGUUGUUAGGACCCCACCCCAGUCACCAACCCCGAUUCCGAGUCGGCUCGAUCUUUCACUAGCAGACAAGACACUACUGCGAACACCGGUGCCAGGGAAGACAGAUCAUAAGUCUACUCCGAACUCACCGACCAAACAGCUGUCUGUAAACCAUCCAUUCAAGGCUAUCAGCACAAACACCAGUCCCGAGAAAAGGAUCUCCAACUUCCGAAUGACCGACCCACCACAGCUAUACCAACCCAAAGCAAACUCCUCCAAGAUUCUGAUCCCUAUAGUCAAUACCGCUGACGACAUUCAAAGAGCCGUAUUUCUAAUCCCGCGAACCCACCGUCACAUCUGUCCUUCUUCUCUCAUAACCCCCGACUUCAAGUGUCCAGUGCCAAAUUGUCUCCUUCAGCAAAUUUGCCCCGAUUUCACAAGCGAAAACGGAUGUUCUUUUCGGCCACCUCCUCUUAGCGACUGGCCAUGGAAUUAUCCACCUAGAAAUCCUCCCAGCAACCAAGCGCAGCAAUGUUCCCAUGUCCACAUCCCCGGCACUUGUCUCAAUUCCCUCGCUUAUUUCCGUGCCCCCGUAUCAUCCGAGUCAGAGUCCACAUCCUCCAAUCCUCCCAAUCCCGAUCCCGAUCCCGACCCCGCAACCUCAAGCCACUACUGUCCCAUUCUCCACUGCUCCACAACCCGCUUUCACGCCUGGGGCUGCGCCAAAGAUUGGAAAACUGGAUUUGCAGUCAAUGGACUCACGCCCGCUGCCCGCAGUAAUAACGACUCAGGAUAUCUCAACAGCAGCGAACUGUCCACCGAAUGGCGAUGGAGAGUGGCGAUGGAGGGUCUACGAGUUGCGCAUGAGAGGGGAGAAUAUGGUUGUAAGGGAGGGAGUAUGCCGAUUAAUGCGGUGUUUCCGCGAGGUCAUAAGGGAGGCGAUGUGAGGAAUUGGGGACCGCAUACUUUUUCGGGGAAGCACAAAAUGAGGAGUGCAAAGACGCUUGCGAGAGAGAAAGAUAGGGGACGAUUGAUAGGAGCGGAGAAUGGGAAUGGAGGAGGAAGUGGAAUAGGUAGGAGUCGAGGGGGCUCUUCUGAUUCGAGGAGGAUGCUGGCGAGGGAUAAUUCAACGAGGUCGGCUUAA